AUGCCUCUUUCUCGACUGGACGGAGUGGAGAAAAGAGUCGGCUUCAAAUGUACCGUCGACGAAUGCGGGAAAGUCUUCCAGGAAAGGGAAGACAUUCUCAAGCACAUCAAAGAAAACCACAAAACUGGACGUUUCAAGAAAGUACUGCUUGGCUCAACUGCUAAGCCGCCGACUGCUGGAGCCAUUACUGCCAAGAAAACAGCCGGACUAGCAUCGAUCACUCUCCACAGAAAGAAAGAAACGAAGGAAAAGGAAGAAAAGCAGAAAGUCUACCGUUGCACCGUUUGUCGACUGAUUAAGCCAACUCGGAAUGAAAUCGAAGCUCAUUGCUUGGCAAAACACAAUCAGAAAUCUAAGUGGAUUCUUGUCAAUCGAAAGAAGCAGAUGGCGAGAAAAGCAGUCGACUCACUUAAAUCAUUGAAGGACGAGUACGACAAUGUUGAAACUUAUCAUUGUCCAUAUUGCGAGUUCGAGACAGAAAAGCUCACGGGACUGGUGAAACAUUUGCCACAACACACACCCGAUGAUUUGUAUGAAGUGAGCCUCAGAUUGCAGAAGAAUAUGAAGUUGAAAACCUUCAGAUGCAUUGUCUGCUUCUACAGGUCGCUGAAAGGGUCGACUUUGCGCGAACACUUGGAAUCUCAUUCGGAAGAAGAUAUCCUCGAUCGUGCCUUGGACUUUUCCAACGAUCAAGCAGAUGACUCCUCAAGCGAAGAGGAAGAAGACGAAGAAACAGAGCCCGAGAUUGAGGAAGAAAAUAUCAUCGACUUCAAGCAACCGCUGCAAUUCAAGCCAGGCGAUGCUCACUAUCAGGCAAUUCAAGAUAACGAUAUUGUCUUGCCAAAGAAGUUCACCUGCACCCUUUGCAGCUACCUAUGCUCCUCGAAGAAAGAAGUCUCCAUGCAUGUGAAGGACUUUCAUAGAAUUGAAAUGAACGAACACCUGAUCUUGUCGAGCUUCAUUGACGAGAAGCUGGAGUCGUUGACGACGGAUACACCGGAUAAGAAGGCGAGAGAAACUAUCACAUUGCCAGCUGCUAAGAAAUUGACCACGAAGCCUCACCAAGGCCGCAAGGAGUCGACCAUUUGUCUCGGGCUCAAUAUUUUUGAUAAUUGCUGA